AUGCGGGCGUUUCUCGUUUUAUUCAGCCUUUUUUCCUCGGUUUUUGGGGCAGAAAUCAAGCCGUCGACGCUGACCGUGCCCGGGCCAUUUCCGACGUCCCUUUUCUCCAAAUACCACAACUCGCCGACUGUCACGUCAGCCCAGGUUCAGCCUGUCAUCUCAGACCCUGUCACACAUGAAAUCUAUCCUUUCUCGCUCACAGACCCAGAUAGUGUUCCAAAGAACAACACUGUUGAUCCACACCCGUUGCCUCCCACGGCAUCUGCCUCUCGGCUAGUCGAAAACGCGUUUGCGCAGAUUUUGUCGGUUGCCGCGAAUCCGGUCUUUGGUGAUAACAGAUGUGCUCGGUGCAUCGCCGGAUUCGAGGCCGCAAAAUUCCUGGCUCUGGCCGCGCCGAAGCAGGGCCCCGCCUUCGCCGUCCGGCUCUGCGAUCACUUCAAGUUCAGCUCAACGUGCAGCACGACGUUCGGGCCUCUUGGAACAGGCGGGGUCAUCACUCAGGUCGUCGCAAAUGCCGACGUCGGUGGGCUCGAUGGCCAGUAUUUAUGUCAGAAUUUCCUAAACUUAUGUCCCUUGCCCCCGCCGCCUCCACUCAACCUCACAGCGUGGUUCAAGAAGCCAAAGCCGAAUCCCCUGCCUCCCCCAAAGAAACCGAGCGGUAAACGCCUCAAGGUGCUGCAUUUAUCAGACAUGCAUCUCGAUGCAAGGUACUCUACCGGUGCUGAGGCGAACUGCACGACUGGUCUCUGCUGCCGUAAAGGCGGAUUCAACUCCCAAAGUCCUAACGCGACCCUACUUCCUGCCCCGCGAUUUGGCGCAUACCACUGUGACACCCCUCUUUCGCUGAUAGCAGCAGCCCUCGAGGCAAUACCCCCUCUCACGGAGACCCAGGGCACCGGGUUUGCAUGGACAGUCUACACGGGGGAUUUGGUGGCUCAUGAUGCCGAUAAUCAGCUAUCAAGAGAGUAUGUUACAUACGUGGAGACACUGCUUUACGACCUUCUGAAGAAGACACUAGGACCUGGCCCGGUCUAUGCUACGCUAGGAAACCACGAUAGCUAUAACCAAGCCCAAGAUGCCCCGCACGCCAUUGGCCAAGGGCUCGCCGGGCAGUUUAGCUGGAACUACGACCACCUAGCCCUCCUCUGGAAACACGAGAAAUGGCUCCCAGACUCGGCCGUCCGUCUCGCGAGAACGCAUUAUGCGGGGUACAUGGUCAAGAGGGCCGAUAAUCUCCGAGUCAUCUCGUUGAAUACGGAUAUGUAUUUACGGAUUGUUCUCACCGCCAGCGCGAACUAUUUCAACUACAUCAAUAUGACGGAUCACGACGUGUCAGGGAUGCUGAGGUUCUUGACUGAUGAGCUACAAGAUGCAGAAGACCACGGAGAGCGCGUUUGGAUUAUUGGACACGUCCUUAGCGGCUGGGACGGUACUAAUCCAUUGAUCCCUGCCACCGAUCUGUUGGACAGGUUCUCACCACACGUCAUCGCAAAUGUAUUCUUCGGACACACGCAUGAAGAUCAGAUGUCGAUCUUCUACCGCAACAAUGCGACUGUGAUGAACAGUGACACGGCGCAUGCGCUGGCUUGGAUGGGACCAUCGCUAACCCCAGGGACGAACAUGAACUCUGGAUUCAGGGUGUACGAAGUUGAUUCGGCGACAUUCGAGGUUCUCGAUGCACAUACUUGGAGAAGCGACGUGAGCACCUUCCCGGGAUUGGACUCGCAACUGGCGCUCGGUCCCACGUAUGCAUACGAGUACAACACGCGCGAGACCUAUGGGAAGACGAUCCAGGAUUGGGGAGCCAACGAUCCGCUGAACGCUACGUGGUGGCAUCGCGUAACUGAGGGUGAGUGCACUGGGUGCCAAUUGGAUUUCUUUUUCCCGUGGAAUGGAUUCGUUUAA